GUUGAUAAACAAAAACGAACAUGCCGCUUCUUUGCGUUCAUCCAUUUACAAGUUGCUAAUUUAUUCUUGUGUACUGGCUUAUUUUUAAUUAAUUUCGUGGUGAUUUAGAUAAACUGAAAUAUUGUGACACAUCGAACAAAUAAAAUUUGUAGCCUACAGGAAAUAUGUCUUCAAAUACUCAAGAAAAGCAGAUUGCAUCAAGCGUCGAUGCAAAUGAGCCGCAAACUCAGGUUUCCAUGAGUGACGACGUUAGAUCCGUUCUUUCAGAAAAUGCGCAACUAAGAGAAAAUCUGAAAGAUACAAUUUCGUCGCUGGAUGAACGAAAUUUCUCAUCUGAGGCACAGAUAUACAAUCUCAAACAACAGAAUAUCACUCUUUGGUCUGCUGUAAAACGAGAAAAUACUGAAAUAGAACAGAUUAAAAAGGAAAUACAACAAUUAGAAACCGAGCAUAAACUUGAACUCGUCAAGCGAGAUGAGCUAUCAAACAAGAAUCUGAGUAUCAGACUUGUGACGGAUGAGUUGAAAAAUUAUGUGAAGAAGAUUCUGAAUGAUAAAAAUUCAGGUGAAGUUGAAGCAAACAAUAAUUAUAAGAGAAAGGAAACUAUAAAACUUGAGCUGGAAGGACUCAAUCAACAGUUCGAUUCACUUGCAAACUAUCUUUUGCAGGAGCGACAAAAAUAUCUCAAUGAGUUAAGUCAUGAAGAAAUAGAAGAUGUACAUCAACCAUUGAAAUUGGCUCAUGAAAUUGCUUCUAAGAAGAAUGAACUGAUGCAAAUGAAAUUGGAAAUUGAGCAAGUUAUGAAAAAGAUUAAUGAGCAAAAUAGUAUCAUAUCCAACGCGCAAAAAAAUAGCCAGUUGACAAAGGAGGCGAUUGCUGCCGUGCAAAGUGAAAUUAUUGCUGUGGAGAAGGCCAUCAAACAUGAAAAUCUGGAACUGGAUAAAAAUCUUGCUGAAUUACAAAACGAAAUUGCUGCACUCGAGACAAAGAUUGAAAAUACAAAGAAUUCGAUUGAGCAAUUGAAAGGUGAGAAGCUUGAUGUUGAGAACAGAGUAGAAAUCAUGAAAAUCUCCAAUAAGAGUAUAACUGAAGGAAUUUUGCCACUGAAGGAGAAAAUGUAUUCACUGUCCGAAUCUGAGACCAGUCUCCGUAAUGAAAUAGAGAGCUUGAAGAGCAGCAUUGAGCCUUUGAUUGGAGUCGAGGCUCGACAUGACGAACUCAGUGAGCGUAUGCGAACGGUGCAGGACAACGUGCAGGGCCUGUCUGCGUCGAUAAGUUGUCACAAAACCACACUGGACGACUUUCAGGGCAGGCAUGUCGAUUUGCAACAGCUGCUGGACUCUAUGCAACAACAAUCGAAAUCGCUGCUAGAUGAAACCAAACUGAUGAAACAGCAAUACGAUGAAGUGGCUUCCUUGACAGCUCACACAGAAAAGGAGCAUGACCUCGAAGAGACUGAAUUGCGUGAAACCCUCGAUGGAUUUUUAAAACAAAUUGAAGAACAUGAACAAUUAAUACUUGAAGCCAAAGCUGAAGACGAACAAUUGAGUAAAGCAAUUUCCGAAACCAAAUUAAAAAUAGAAGAACUAAGCAAACAGAAGAGAGAUAUUGAAGGACAAUUGGAAAGUUUGAAUGAGAUGUAUAAAACCUUGGAGAAGACUUUGAUUGAUGAAAAAACCUCUUAUCAAUUGAGCUUUGAUGGAAAGACUGAUGAACUCCGACAAAUUACAUCAAAAAUUGAAUCGAUGGGUAAUUUGAGCGCUGAGCUACAAGCUCAUGCGAAGGAGUACGAAGAUUUAGUGACGGAGAAAAAUUCGGAUCUAGAACAUUUUAAAAAGGCAACAGCAAAGGCUGAACUUGAGUUGAAGAACUACGUGAAAGAGAAGAAAAGAUUGUCACUAUCAAUGGAACGUGACUACGAAUUGGCCGAAAACGAUUUAUUGGAGAAAAAGACAAACUAUCUCAAAAAAAUAAGUGAGCUUAAGAAAAGUAUUGAUGCCUUAACAAUCGAAGGAGAAACCCUUAGCAAUAAAUUGUCUCGUUACAAUCAGUUGAAAAGGAAGCUCGAGAAACAUUGUGCAAAUUAUGAACGUAUGAUGGCUAGAAUCAAAAAUGAAUUGAGCGUUACAAAGAGGGAUAUUUACAAUGUGAUCUACAAAGAAAAAGUAAAAGUAGAUCUGCAAUAUCGAGGAAGGAAAACUGUUCAUCUAAUAAUAGUAUAAUAUCAUCAACAUUCAUGAAAUUAUAGGCGAUUUUUCAAAAUCUAAAAAAUACACCGUACAGUUUGUGAUUAUCUUUUAAGAAUGAGGAUUUAAAGAAGAAUUAAUUCUGAAAAUAGUAUAGUUUGACAUAAUUAAUUCUUGUCGUGUUUCUAAAAAAAGUGAUGGAUUUUUUUCAUAUCAUUAUAUUCUCUGUUAAGUUUCUCUUAAAGUUAAAAAUGUAUCAUAAGUUCAUCGUAUUAUUAUAGAAGUAUUAUUAGUAUAUAGAAGUUUUAUUAUAUUAUCGUAUAGUGAUAGAAGUUAUGAAUCAGGUUUACAUAAAUAUUACGUGCAAUAAAAACAAUAUUUCUAAAUAGUAUCUCUGCUACAUCUUCUCAAUCCGAAAGCUGUUUUUCUAUUUUACAUCCAUAACAAUUACUUGAUCAAUAAGAAAAACUAACUAGCAAGACUGUAUACAUCAUUCUUAUAAUACUUAACGAAUCCGAGUAUUACUUAAAAUUAUGUUCACACAUAGACAUUUGUAGGAGAUGGAUAGUUAUACUGUAAAAAACAUUACCUUACUUUGUAAGUUCUCAUUUAAUGUAGAAAAAAAUGUCAGUGUUGAAAAUUUAGCUUUGUAAGUUAUAAAAUCAAGAUCAUCAUAAAUAUCCUGUAAGAUAUAUUACUUAUUUCUGAACAAUUGUUCCAUAUGGUUGCCAUACAUUUUAUGUAAAUUAUCCGUUUAUGUAUCAAUAAAUUGAUAUUGUUCAUGGAA